AGAUUAAGUAGUUAUGGAUAUUCCCUUUGUAAAUAUUGACUUGUCGAUCACUGAUCAACAGCACUGUGAAGCUUCUGCUCGAAAACUUCUGAAGAUUAUUCGACCACAGUGGGACCCCUCAAAAAUCUGCUUCGAAGUAUACACAGCGGGAAUAACGAAUAAAAUAAUGGCUGCCUGUGCAAAUGCAAAUUCGAAAGAAAAGGUUGUCUUUCGGAUUUUUGGCAAGAAUACAGAGAAUUUCAUAGACAGAGAUAGAGAACUGAACGCCAUGGAAAAUCUUGCGAACAACGGUCUGGCAGCGCCUGUGUAUGCGACGUUCAACAAUGGAAUUUUGUGCGGUUUCCUACCAGGAGAUACUCUCAAGGCAAAGCAACUGAGAAACUUGGAUGUACAGAGAAAAAUUUGUGAGACGAUGGCCGCUUUUCACAGCCUGAACUCAAUUUUUGUAAAUACUAGCGACGUGUUCCUCUUUCGGAAGACUAAGGAUUUCAUCAGAAACAUCGACAUGAGCAGGGAGGAUCUUCCCAGUUUUGCUCAACAAUUGCCAGCCAACCUGAACGAAUUGUACAAUCUCAUUGCUCCUCUAAACGAGGAGAUCACUUUCUGCCAUAACGACUUGCUCUCACACAACAUAGUUUUCGAGGAGGAAUCAGAAAAAGUGAUGUUUAUCGACUACGAGUACGCGGAUUUCAACUAUACCCUCUUCGAUAUAGCCAACCACUUCUGCGAAUUUGCAGGAGUUGAGAAUCCGGAUUACAAACUCUGCCCAGACCGUGAAGAGAUGCGCAUAUUUUUACAAUUUUACUUGGAAGCCAGGCAUGGUCAUGUGGACGAAACUAUAUUAGCAAGAAUGUUGGACCGCGUCUCACUAUUUCAGGCGUCCGCUCACCUCCUAUGGUCGGCGUGGGCUUUAGUGCAAGCGCAAAACUCAACGCUUGAUUUCGAUUACGCCAGCUAUGCCACAACUCGCUAUGAGCAAUUUGAGAUUUGCCUGAAUAAUUAUCUGACGCAAGAUGACGAUUUAUGAAUUUCACUUUUACUCUCUAAUCAUGUUUGAGUUGGACCAGUACCUGCAUUUGGAUUCGACGAGGGCUGACUUAUCACCCAAUAAAGUUGUACAUUGU